AGAGACGUCUGGUGGCUGGGUGCAUAAUGUCGUCCAGAAAGCCCCGGUCUGUGGCAAACCCCCUGGAGUCUGCGAUCACCACACCCAGUGAGAGGAUACUGAAAGAAUGCCACAGUUUGUAUGUCGACAACGAAAACGGCCUGGUGAAGAUCGCCAGCAGCCUCGGAGUCCGGCUCCUGCCUCCCAGAAAGAAAAUCAUUGUGAUGAUAAUGGGUAACCACUCUGCGGGGAAGAGCUCCUUCAUUAACUGGUACGUUGAAGAGCACAUACAGACAACAGGCGUCGCCAUUGAAACGCAGGGGUUUAAAUUCAUCACAAGUGGCCGCAAAAGAGAAUCACUGACGGGGAAUGCUACGCUACAUCUCUACCCGCACUUUCGACCACUCCUUGAGUUCAAAGGGGUUAUGGACUACCUGUCCGCUGAGAUCUCCACCUCCAAACAGAAGAAGUUCAGCCUGGUGACAUUUGUGGACACUCCGGGUUUGGUGGACGGGGACAUGAUCUACCCUUUCGACGUCAACAGCGCCAUCACCUGGUUGGGAGAACAGGCUGACUUGAUAUUUGUCUUCUUCGACCCGAUGGGCCAGGCGCUGUGCAAACGCACGCUCAACAUCGUGGAGAAUCUGAGUGAGAAAUGCGGAGACAAGCUGUUGUUCUACCUCAGCAAGGCGGAUGAAGCUGGGAAGGAAACAGACAGACAGAGGGUGAUGAUGCAGAUAGUCCAGGAACUGUGUCGCCGUCCAGGUCUCAACAAAUGUGGUUUUGAGAUGCCGACAAUAUACAUCCCCAACCCACAGAGGCCGAGCAGGUGUGUGAACCAGAUUGAUGGAGUUUGUCAGACCAUCGAGAAGACCAUCAGCCAGGCCGUUCAGAAGACUUUGGAUCAGCUGGAGAAAGACUGCGACCUCAUUUGUUCUACCAUCAGCAGCAAACUAGAGCAGGACAGGGCUGACGCUGCUUACAAAAAAACAGUCCGUCUUCACUCCUUCUUGUGUGGCGCUUUGGGCGUUUUCCUUCCUGGCCUCUUCAUCCUCAGUUUCAUUGUGAACACUUUCGCCAAAGAGCAGCUGGUUGAGCUGUUGGGUGAAGGCCCGACUCGGACCCUCACUCUCUUCUCGGGAGGAGUUAUGUAUUUAUGGGAGGGGAUACCAGAAGACGGACAAGUAGUGUUUGUGAUAUUUUUUGGCGCUUUUUGCUACCUGUUGCUUUUCCUAGCAAAGUAUUUUGCAGGCCAAGGGAAUAAGACUCUGACGAAGAAAGAGAAGAGGAUGAUGGCAGAGUACAGCGAUUAUAUCCAGGAUAUUGUCAAAAACAAGAAGGGUAAAUUGUAUGAAUGGUACCUCCAGCAGUGUACAGCUGAGUAUGACCUCUGACCCCAGGGUAAGCUGAAGACAGGUUACACGUUUGUUGACGUGUUGGUUCAAGGUUUUGUUGAAAAGCGUCUCAUCAAAGCAUCAUUUGGUGUUUUUAUUGGAAUCAGCGGGACAGAUGAUCAUCCACCAAAUUAAUCAGGACUUUUAGUUUUCUCAGUCGUGUAACCUCUGAUGCAGCCAAGAUCUCCGCCAUCAUUAUCAUCUCAAGAGCUGACUAAAAAUUACAAAGUGCCUUUGUCGUUGAGUUUGGGAGAAACUGUGAUUGUAGUUGUUUGAUAAAAGCUAAUUUCAUAAUGUGAACAGAUUUUUACAUUGUUGUGUUACAUAAAUGAUGCUAGAAGGAAGUGAAGUGUUUACAAAUGGACUUUUUCUUAAUUUCUCCACGAGUAACUUGCAGCCGUUUUUACCAACAAACACAUUUCUACGAAUGUCCUCUCUGAAGUCUGUUCCCAUUGUUCUCAUGUUGUCCACACUGCACCGUCCUCAAGUCUGUCCUCUUGUCUUGAUAAAUGACUGUCAGCAAUAACUAUAGUAACACUUGGGCAUUAUAGUCGGAAAUUUGAUGAAAUAUUUUCAUCCAAUCAAUAAGACUAAUGACUGCAAGCUUUCUCCUGCCUCCAAAGAGUCUGUCCUACAUUUAGACAGUUUUGCUGUGUGAUCUGUGAAGCCACCGUUGUCAUGUGAGUGUAUUUAUAUACAGUCAAGACUGGUGAUUUAAGCACUACAAUAGUACAGUAAAACUGGUGAGCGUAAGUCUGUCACUGCACUGAUGUGUAUCUCCUAGCUGUGUUAAUGAACGCUGAACCCCUCAUGUUGUCUGUGGAUCCACUGAACUCAUGUUACAACAACAAACACCAUGUAAUGCCUUCACUCCAAUGUUUGUAGAUAUAUUUAUUAGGUGUUUUUAAGGUGCUUUUUUCAAGGGAUGUGCCAAUGCGAUACACCAGAUCCGUAUCAGGGCUGACUGAUUCUGACCUGACCUUUUUGAAGUGGGUUGGGUAUCAGCAACGCCCUGCCUGAUCUACACUUACUAUGUCAGCCUCAUUAUAGUAUUCAGUGUUUCCAUUAUCAUUCAGUUAUGGUCACCCACCGGCUUUCAAAUUUGGUCCAAAAAAAAGAGCGCUUGGAUCAGUAAGCUGUUUCGGCAGAGACCGUGAGAUUAGGUAAUUGUAUCGGAAGAGGAAAAGGUGCAUCCCUACUUUUUACCCCCCAAAAUUUUGAAAAUCAUGUGCAGGGUGCUUGCAAUAUUAUUGUAAACACUGUCAGUUUGUAUUGUGUGUGUCCUCAUUAGAGAAAUCCUGUUUUUAUGAGAUAUUUCAUUUAUAAAUGUGUGAAAUUUGUGUGUGAAUUUAUCAAUUGUCAUUUUUCCAAAAAGGAUUUUCAUUGUCUGAAACCUGGAACCCACUGACUUGUUUAGAGUUUUUUUUUUUUUUUUUUUUUUUUUUUA